CCUGCGGAUGAAAAUACACGAUCACCAGCUGUACACCUAAGUUUAUAAGGGCAUGACUGAAUAUUCAGAUGCGUCUUUAAAUAAGCGAGCAUUUUAAAUUGUACAAUGUCAGAAGUGUGUGUCCGUGUCGACCCUCUGUGCGUCGAGUUUAAAGACGUUAAAGUUGGAGAAGUUUACAAGACGACGGUAAAGGCGACAAAUGUUGGGAAAACUUCGACGAAAAUAGUGAUUGUAAAGCCUGCUUUAAAGUUGUUCAGGUUCUCACCAUCCAGCUCAGCAGAAGUGGUGGCUCCUGGUCUGUCUGUAAGCGGCUUGUUGGAGUUCACACCUAAAGAAGAUGAGGAGGUCAGAGACAGCCUUCUGAUUUAUGUAAACGAUGUGGAAACCAUUAAAAUACCAGUGCAGGGUUUUCCAAGGGUUUGUUCCCUCUCAGUUGGUUCAGUAUUAGACUUUGGCUGUAUCGCUGCAAGCAGUGAGGUGAUCCGCAAACAUCAUUGUAUAACCAAUAAAGGAUCAGCACCAGGUUUGUUCCAGAUUCAGUAUAAUGGAGACCCCUCAAUCAGAAUUUCUCCCUACAGUGGAGUCGUAGCAGCUGGCGACACCCAGUGGAUUAAAGUGGAACUGCGAACAGAUAAACCCAGGCAGAUCAAUGAGAAGGCUCUGGUCAAACUUAAGAAUCGCUCUGCUGUAGUUCUCAGAAUCCAAGCUGAGGUGGUGGACCAGCACCUUGAAAUCUUUGAUAUGCAGGGGACUCCGCUGUCCUGCCUGUGGUUUGGACCUGCGUACUUUGGGACGUCUCACAUUGAGAAAGUGAUUCUGAGGAACAAUGCACCUCAGGUUUGCGACUGGGUCUGCCUGCUCCAGAGCUCUGCUGCUGGGGCUGAGGUGGGAACAGACCUCGGGAAGAGCACAGACGCUGUCCUGCUGGGAGGAAUUAGGAAGUGCACUCCUGACUCUCAGGACGCCUCUCAGAUCCUGGUAUGUGUCCCCAAACAAGGUCGACUGAGACCGUAUGACCAAACCACGGUAACAGUGUGCUUCAGCCCCAUCUACAGCAGUGCAAUGGAAGAAAAGAGACAGGUUUACUCAGCCGGACGGCGAGACUACAGCCUUUUCCUGCUGUUUGAGUCAGUGGGAAGCAGACACGGCUUCACUCGCCAUAAUGCUAAAGGCAGUGUGGAGCUGGCAGUGACAGGCUCUGGUCUGCCUGUGUCUCUGGUACCAAGUCCCUCCAACAGAUUCGAUUUCCUCACUUGUGUGGCUGGCCGACGAGUCGACCAGCUCUGCGUGCUGCAGAACCUCUGCCCUCAGCUUCCUGUAACGUUUCGCUUCCACAAGAAAGCUCAUUUCACUGCCAAGCCCUCCUCAGGCACAAUCCCCCCAGGGCAGUGCCAGGAUGUAGUUUUGUCUUUCACUGCACGGCAACAAGGCAGCUUCCAAGUGUUACAGAAACUGGAUGUUUUGGGUCAUGUUGUCCACCGGGGAGGCAACACUGCUGAAGAUGUCACUAAACUUGAGCUUUGUAACUUUCACACAAUCACCCUUCAUCUAUCUGCUGUCUGCUGCAUUGAGACCACACACCCUGAACCGAAGCUGAAUCCGGGCAUCACUCCGGCAGUUACAAAUCCAACCGGAUCACGGCCACACGUUCGAUCCAGCGAACUCUCUCACUGCCGUGGGAUGGCACGCGCUGCUGUCCUCAACGCUGACAAAACACAGCUCCACUUACACCAUAAAAAGAAGAGGCAGGAAGAGGUGGAGGAGUUCCUGGCUUUCCCUAACGACCGUGCAGCGAGCAUCAGGCCUGCCUCGCCACAUAGACAGUGCAGGACCAUCUUUACUGGUGUUCAGCGCUACCGCUAUGUGGACACCGAUUAUUCUUUUACUGAGGAAGAAGAAGAGCAGAGACAACAGCAUCGACAGAUUUAUAAAAACUUCAUCAACCAGCUCAGAAAAACCCGCCUUGAGAAGAUCAAGGAGAGACAGCAGGAGACGGAGGAGGAAGGUGUGGAUAUUGGUAUAGUUCCUGCUCAAGGGCUUGUUCCACCUACUCUCCGUAUCCCUGACCUAGAGAGCAGUAGGAUCUCGAGGAUUAAGCCGAAAUACAGCCCCAAAGACAAAACAUCUAAAGCACAGCAGCUCAGCGGCCAGGUUUCAGAGGCAAUGCAUGUAGUUCCCUCUACCAGCCAGGAGAUGGCAGACUGCAACAGGACUUUGACGGCUCAGGAGCUCUACCAAGUUGAAAUAGGCCCAUUGUUGGUUGACUACGGCGAGGUGUGUGCUCAGUCAGUGUGCAUCAAGAUGCUGCAGCUGAUCAAUCACCUGUCAGUGUUUGUUUGGGUGCAGCUAGAGGUAGACUGCCCCGAGCUUCAGGGAUCCUCACCCCUCUCCCACGUCCUGCCACCUCACUCCCACAACACCUUACCUCUGACGUUUCAGAGCAGCAAGCUUGGUCCUUUCUACAGACCUGUGUCCUACUCGGUGAACCAGAAACACCCAGGCCAGAUAAUCGUCCAGGCCCAGGUUGUCCCUGUAGCUUUGGAGCUUUCCACCACCCUCGUUGUGCUCCGUCCUACCGCGAAUCUGCUUGCCCAGUCAGGAUACAGGAGCUCGAUUACCCUUCGAAACAAGCGUAACCACCCUGCAGAGUUCACGUGGAAACCUAUAGUCACAGAAAAUGGCAUCUUAUUCUCCAUCAGACCUCCCACAGGCACAGUGGAGCCGUACAGGGAACUCGACUGUGAGGUGGUAGGGCAUCUAUUCUUCUCCUCACCUGCAGAAGGAGACUUUGACCUCUGCGUCCAUGAAGGCGAUAGCCAGCGCUUGCACUGUGUCACUAAGGUUGGAAGCAGCAGCGUCCAGCUGGCAGAGAAGCAGCUCACAUUUGGAUCAGUGCCCCUCAACAUGCCGUCUGUCAGAACUGCUGUUUUACACAACACAGGACAGAAUCAUGCCUACUACCAGGUGCUGGAUGUCUGCCCUCUCCCAGGCAUGGUAGUAAGUCCAUCAGAGGGCGUGGUGCCAAGCGGGGGACAGACUGCUCUAAAGAUCCACUUUAACCCUGACUCUGUUAUCAAGUUUGACACUAGAGUUGAGAUAGCUCUAAGGAGCAUGAAGUCCAUCGAGCUAAGAGUGGGCGGAUCAGUGGAGCCUCCAAAUGUAGACAUCAGCGUGUCGGACUUCCAGUUUUACAGUGUCCAUGCUGGUUCUCAGUGUGCAAUAUCCUUCACUCUGACAAACCGCUCCAAAGCUGCAGCCCAGGUCACCUUCGACCUGUCGGAAUACACAGACUUCUCUUUGCAGCUGUCUAAGCCCUCAGCAACAGACAAGGAGCCAGGUGUGACUGUUGUGGAUGUCCAAGGCUGCCAGGCAGUGGACUGUUCCCUCGUCUUCUCCCCCACCCAGGCAGCGAGCUAUGACUUUGACCUGCCACUGAAGGUCAACAGAGUGAGAUGGCCCACUGCUGCCUUUUUCUCCCCUUCCCCCACUCCACCCUUCUCCUCCUCGACCACGUCCUCCUCGCUGACAGCUGGCAGCAGGCACCAUGUUGUCAAACCUCGUCCUCGGUCUGUCACCAUGACGACAAAACGGUCACAGCGCAUACAGGCCACAGUGCUGUGUGCUCCACUGGAAAUAUCCCCUGCUAGUCUAGAGUUCCAAGUGGAACCUUUGGCUCCCGAGUCUGAGGUAUCAACACAGACUGUGGAGCUGAAAGCAGUAUGUGAAGAGAGUGUGUUUUGGCGUGGAGGAGUCAGGGAGCAUGUCAGCUGGUGGUUUGACUGCAGUGCAGCAGCGGCACAGAGAGAGGACAGAAGAGAGGGGGAGCUACAUGUAUGUACACUGACUCCAACAUCAGGCCGUCUGGAGCCCGGGCAGUCCAUCUGUUUGGUGGUCAGCAUCAACCCUGAGGCCAUCAGAGCAGGUUCUAAAAACACGAUCAAACUGUCGCUCCCUCUUUACCUGGAGGACGAAGGGAGUGAAGAGAUUGGAGAACAUCAACCCUACAGAGAACUGUCCAUCACUAUUACUCACAAGCUUCCUCAUCUCACCAUCCACCCGCCUCAAAUCCUCCUCACGCCUGUACCUCUGCAAACAAAUGCAAGCGCCACAGUCACGCUCCUGGCUUUUGCAUACCCGAGUGGUACUACUGUGUCAGCUGAAGUGGAUGAGGUAAAACUAGAGGACGGAUCAACGAUGCAGCCUGUUUCUGUCAUAUUUCCAGAGGGUAGAAACAUCCCCGCCCCAAACCAGGAUCAGGGACGUGUAGAUGACAUCCAAAAGCAGGACGCCUGUGUUAAUUCUCUUAUCUGCUGUGUGCUCUUCUGCUCCGCUGUGCCUCUGUCCCUCUGCACUAAUAUCACCUUCACUGACCACCUCAACAACAGGUUUGAGGUGAAGCUGUGUGCUACUGCUGACAACUGUCAGCUGACCGUCUGGCCCUACAUGGCUUUGCACCGCUCUGAUCAACAGAUCGUUAUCAAGACUGGGGCCUCAGCUGUUGAAACCAUCUUCCAGAGUUAUCACACCCCAAGUCCUGCUCCAGGUCAGAACUCAUCCUCCUCUUCAUCAUUUGAUCACAACAGCUCAACAAUCAGGACCUCAGCCUCAGACUCCUAUCCAGGCAGUGAGAGUUUAAGCAGCCAGAGCAGCAGGAAUACAAACAUCUCUCCAAAUAGAGACACUCCCACCAAUCUUGGCAUCCCAGCAUUCCCUGCAGCCAACUCGGAGGAAGGGCUGUAUCACCAGAAUGUGUUGCUGGCUGUGCAGAGGUGGUUUAGCCUAUUUGGGUGGCCAGGAAAGCCACACCCUAUCUCUAUACCACACACUCUCAGAAGAAAUGUGUCAAAAAUUCUAAUGAAUCAUUCAGGUGGACGAACCUUUCGAGUCAGUCAAAACAGAGACUCCAGGUCUGUAGUGGACAUGCUUCAUCACCUGACUGGCAAACAGAUUCCUGGGAUUUCUUGCUGUCAGGCGUUCUCCAGUGAUACGGACAAGCGUACCAAGCAGCUGCUGCAACAGCAUGAGGCUGUGCUGGCUUUCCUUAGUGCACAGGGAGCCAGCCUUUGUCACAUCAAACCACAGUACCUGUUGGACAUGCAGGAGUUCAAACACUGGUGUUCCCUGCAGGCAAAUGAGGAUGAAAACCACGUUGACUACAGCCGUGUCGACUAUGAGUCUCUGAGCAAACGGUCCUGGACUGAUGUGCUGCUGCAGAUAUACAAGGUACUGGUGCUACGUCGCGUGUCACCGAAAGGUCUGAACUCAACUCUGAAGCACGAAGACUUGGCAGGAAUCCUCCAAGUCGGCUCACAGCCACUGGACAGUAACAUCUACUCAUCCUGGGAGCUCCAGCUGCUCUCGUGGCUCAACAUGCAUUACCUGGGCAUGAGGGAGACCAUAUGGGAGAAAGGUAAUGUCCCAUCAGCACGCUGGAUCGUGAAUUUCGACCUGGACUUGACAGAUGGGCUGGUGCUUGCCGCUCUGCUUUCUUCCUACUGCCCGUACCUGAUCUGCAGCCACUUUCGGAGGAUGUACACUACAACCAGCAGCCUGGAGCAGAUCAUUCACAACAACAUCAUCAUAGUCCAGGCCUUAAAUGCAAUGGGUCUCAACAUGGAUGUACAACCCACAGAUUUGUUAGAACCCAACCCAGUGCAGAUGUUAAUGCUGUGUGUUCACCUGUAUGAGCGGCUGCCUCAGUACCUGCCUCUUCACACCGUCACUCUCUCAGGAAGCCUGCACAGCACCUUCAGCAAACAGGUGCGCCUGAAAAGCCCUUCGUCAAAGCCUGUUAAAUAUCAGGUUUUCGUUUUAGGAGAGGAUGCACAUCUCUUCUCCAUCUCCAGUGGAUCUAAUGUCACAAUUCCACCAAAGAAAAGUGCUGAAGUGAGCGUCCAGUACAGCUGUUACUCCAUGCAGCCAAAGGAGGCAACCCUUCUGCUCAUCUCCAGCCCUCCUGUUGGCCUGUGCAGCACCACACUCGCCUUCAGUUUGAAGACAGACAUCAGUCACAUCAAACCUAUGAAAACUGUGAAGUGCAAAUCUCCAUGCUACCAGCUGGCAGUGAUCAAAGUGCCAAUAACUAACCCUUUCAGCAAAGACGCUACAUUCAGGGUGGUGCUGGAGGAGUCUCUGCUAAACCCACUGGAGCCUGAAAAGAAAAGAGACAGCCUAGUCCAACAGGUCUCAUCCAGGGCAAACGUAGAGAAGAUGACUUCAGACAAGAGCUGUGGGGAGGAAAUGGAAGGGAAGCCCUCAGAUCUCAAUGGUGAAGGCAGCGAGUUCUUGUGUGCAGUGAGGAGUGUUUAUCUGAAGUCAGGCCAAGCAGACACUCUGAUCAUCCACUACCUGCCCUUCAGCCCAGGCAGCAAAUACUGCUCUGUGCUGCUCAUUUGCCCACAGAUCGGAGAUAUGGUGUACAUGUUGAAGGCCACUGCAGAACUGCCUCUUCCUUCCCUCCUCACUGCAAAGCCCAGCUCUAAUAUUGUCUCCAUCCCCCAAAACUCUGACCCAGAUGUGAGUGUGUCAGUACUGAGCCUUCGCUGCAGGGUGGGGCAGGUGUGCAAGGAGGUCCUGCGCGUGCCUCUUGUCAAUAUGGCCUGGGAGCAAGCUCUGGCCAUCUGGGGUCAGCACAACAUGAGCGCAGACGAACUCAAGAGGCGGAUGCUGACACACACUUUGCGCAGCAGCACCGUGAGGGCAAGCACAGCUGCUCGAAAGCUAAUUAAACACAAGGGCACACAGAUGAGAAGUUUUAAAGAAAUAGAGUACAGUGUAGAGAUUUCUUUGCCACAAUACUUCACUUUACCAACUACUGUUAAAAUACCUGUAAAAGGAGACACUGAUGCACCAUGGAAGAAUCCUACAGAUUGCAGAUGUGUCGACAUCCCAUUCCAAUUUGAGGCUGACUCAGUCGGGCGAUUUUCCUGCCAGGUGGUCCUACAGUCCUGGUGUGACACCAGGGUCUACAUGCUAGAGGCAGAGGUUACUUCACAGGGAGAAGCAGUCCACUUGGACUUCAUGUCGCCUGCUCUCCGUUCUGUCACGCAAGACAUCCCACUGCACAAUGAGACCCACCAAGACUGGAAAAUGCAUGCAGAGCUUAGUGGUGAGGGAUUCUCUGGCCCUGAAGUUGUGAAUGUGCCAGCAGGAACGAAAGCAAACUACCCACUCACCUUCCAGCCUUCUGCACAGUGCAUCGUCAUGGGCCAGCUGUCCUUGCAUAACGACUGCGACGGUACAGAGCUCCUGUUUACCCUCAGAGGAGUUGGAGAGCGCCGCCUGCCUGUGGACCAUGUCGUAUUACGCUGCCCAGUUGGUGAAUCCACACAUGCGCAGCUGGACGUCCUGAACUACAGCGGAAAGACAAAAACUCUGAAGGUGGUGACAGACCUAUCUGUUGUAAGUGGUGCCUCCUCCUUAGAGAUUAAGCCUGGUCACAGUGCUCCCUACUCUCUGGCUGUGUCACUGUGGAAACGAGGGAAACAGACAGGCUUUGUGUCAUUUGUGGAAACUGAAGACUUGCAAGAAGGUGACAAGUGUGAAGCAAAUACCCUGAGGCGCUACGAGGUGCAUUUCUCUCUGGAGUUGAUUGGUGAGCCAGCAGCGCCCAUCAAGGUCAUAGAUGUGCAGUGUGUUGCUCUAAGCUCAGUUGCCAUAGAGAUCCCUGUCAGUAACCCACAAGGAGAGCUGCUGAUGCUGGAUGUGAUCCUGGAAGGAGACGACCUGAGCGGAGCCAACUGGGUUUCAGUUCCCCCACGGGAGACCCUCACCUACAAAGCUACGUUCUCCCCUGUUAGAGCGGGGAAGAGCACAGGCAGUGUGAUGUUCCAGUCGCAGCUAGUGGGGGAGUUCUGGUAUCAACUGGAGCUUUAUGCUCUUCCUCCUCCAGUCAUCACGCUGCCACAGGCCUGCUGUCAUCUGGGCAAGUGGACCAGACAGACCAUUCCCUUGGUGAACCCAACAGCUGAGACUCUGAAGAUAAUUGUAGCCAACAGUAACCCCAGAAACUUUAAACUGGAGAUGGAUUCAGGAAGUAAACUUAUUGUGGAGCCACACUCCUCCGCCCAGCUUGGCGUCCGUUUUAGCCCUUCAUCCAUCGGAGAGGAGAACCACACGGCGAAGAUCACUUUCAUGUGCCCUCAGUUGCAGGAGUGGUGCGUGUUACUGAGUGGGCGAGGCCUUAAACCACAGUGUGAGGAGCCUCUGAGCAUCUCAUCCCUCAUCGGCGCCAAAUCCUCCAUCGCCAUUCCCUUCACAAAUCCCACUGAGCUCCCAGCCGUGCUUUCUGUCACACUCACAGAUGAGGAUCCAAGCAGAGGACAGGAAGUGAAGCCACACACAGAGGUUUUCUCUGUGCCUUUGAGCUUCACUGAAGGUGUACACAUGAAUGAAGGAGCCAGUUUGGAUGUACCUGUGGUGUUUAAGCCUAAAUCCAUGGAUAUGCAUCAAGCCUGGCUCUGCAUCACUAUAAAGCCAGACAACAGCAACAGCAUAGCCUUCAGCACAGGCAAUAUGAGGUCAGAGCAGGAAUUGUCCACCAUCUGUUGGAUUUACCCUCUCCGUGGGAUUCCCGUUGAAGCGCCUGUUGAGGAGUCACCACUUGGCGUGAUUCGCUGUGAAGCUGGCUGCCAGCUGGAGAAGAAGGUGGAUGUACUGCUCACUGGGUGCGUGCCGGGGAAUCAAGACCGGAAAGGACAAGGAGUUCCAGGAGUGACAGUGGAAGACUUCCAGUGUGAGGUUCGUUCAGACGGGGAAACAGAACUCUCUGAGGUUCAAGGCGCCCUUUCUGCCUCCACUGAGGGAGUGAGGAGGGAUCCUGAGACUGGCAUCGUAACACUCACCUUGAAUGUAGUCUACACUCCCCUCAGGCCAUGCAGAUGUGCCGCCGUCCUCGCUGUGCAGUGUGAAUCUCAGAGGAUCUGGAAGUUUCCAAUCACUCUUAUCGCCACAGAGCCUCAAGUCGAUGAUGUCAUCGUUAUUGAAGCCACUGAGAUAGGGAAGACUUCAGCUGUGGGGUUUCGCCUGACCAGCACCACCAGGAGGCCAGAGCCGUUCACAGCAGCGCUCCUGCCCGGCAGCAGCAGUGAGUUCACAGUGACUCCAGCCUCAGGGAUGUUACCUCCUGCUGGUUCUGCUGGAGCUCUCAUCACUGUGUGCUUCACACCUAACAUGAACAGCAAGCACCAAGCAAGACUUACCAUCCAGGCAGCUGACAUGCAGUGGACCUACGAGGUUAGAGGGAAACCCCUAAAAGCGCCUACAUCCAGCCCUUCUACACUGCAGCCAGCUUGUGAACGGCAGCAGAACUUUGUGACUCGAAACCUCCAACUUCCCACCGUGGCUAACUCCUCCCCUCUCAAAAUGAUCAGAUAAAGGACAUCCUGACUCCAUCACAGCUAAGGGUUAUCAUUUCUGUGUGAUUGUAUUUUUCACUGGGCUACACAUUCCCAACAAAGUCACCCUUAAUUAUAGCUGUACCUUUUUAUUCAGAAAGCGCAGCAGGCAGACUGCCACAUGGUGAUGGGUUUGUCCUUUUUUCUCUUAAAAUGGCUCAUUAGUCAUGUUAGUGUUUCUCAUCAGCAGUUCUAAUGAGCUCUCUGUCUGCCAAUACAAAGGUGUGUUUGUCUCUGC